CCCUCCCGCCCCUUUCCACCGGCGUUCAAUCGUGAAGCGAAUUGACUGUUGCAGGCUCUGUAUGUGGCGCAUGAGCGUGCGUUUCGGGAUGUAACGGCUGUCUCUCGGAGAAACGAUACUUAAUUAAAACAUAUAUAUAUAUGCCCGGAGAACUCAGGAGAGAGACUACCCAAGGAGAGCGGGCAUAAACUAAGGGAGUUUACGACAGUACGAAGUGGAGGGAGACACGGGAGCGUGGCAGGAGGGACGCUCUAGCAAAUCCAACCGACACUGCACGCAGAAAUGGCGGAACACCACGCAGCCAGCGACGGCAAGCACAAAGCGUCCACCAAUGCCGGGGGCUCGGUCCACGGGAACAGCCGACCCGGCGCCGCGGGUGGAGGAGGGGGCAAAGGAGGCCUGUCUGGCGGACUGACACAGCCAGCAGGGUGGCAGUCUUUACUGUCGUUUAGCAUUCUGUUCCUGGCCUGCCUGGCCGGAUUCAGCUCCAGACUUUUCGCGGUGAUCCGGUUCGAGAGCAUCAUCCACGAGUUUGAUCCAUGGUUCAACUACAGAUCAACGCACCAUCUCACCACAAAUGGCUUCUACGAGUUCCUCAACUGGUUUGAUGAAAGGGCCUGGUACCCCUUGGGCAGGAUCGUUGGUGGCACAGUAUACCCUGGGUUAAUGGUGACUGCUGGCCUCAUCCACUACGUGCUCAACCUGCUCCACAUCACGGUCCACAUCCGUGACGUGUGUGUCUUUCUGGCACCGGUGUUCAGCGGCCUGACUGCCAUCUCCACCUUCCUGCUGACACGGGAACUAUGGAACCAGGGUGCAGGACUGCUGGCGGCCUGCUUCAUUGCCAUCGUCCCAGGCUAUAUCUCCCGCUCUGUCGCUGGCUCUUUCGACAACGAGGGUAUCGCCAUCUUCGCCCUGCAAUUCACCUACUACCUCUGGGUGAAAUCAGUGAAGACAGGCUCGGUAUUCUGGACUAUUGGCUGUUGUCUCUGCUAUUUCUACAUGGUGUCAGCAUGGGGAGGUUAUGUGUUUAUCAUCAACCUGAUUCCUCUGCAUGUGUUUGUUCUGCUGCUGAUGCAACGCUACAGCAGAAGAGUCUACAUCGCUUACAGCACUUUCUACAUUGUGGGUCUCGUACUGUCGAUGCAGAUCCCUUUCGUCGGCUUCCAGCCAAUCAGGACCAGCGAGCACAUGGCUGCUGCCGGUGUGUUUGCACUUCUCCAAGCCUAUGCCUUCCUGCAGUACCUGAAGGACAGGCUGACCAGACAGGAGUUCCAGACACUCUUCUUCCUCGGAGUCUCUCUCGCUGCCGGCAUCGUCUUCCUCACCGUAAUCUAUCUCACAUACACAGGAUACAUUGCUCCGUGGAGUGGCCGUUUCUACUCUCUCUGGGACACCGGCUAUGCUAAGAUCCACAUCCCCAUCAUAGCCUCGGUGUCGGAGCACCAGCCGACGACGUGGGUCUCAUUCUUCUUCGACCUCCACAUCCUGGUCUGCACGUUCCCAGCAGGCCUCUGGUUCUGUAUCAAGAACAUCAAUGAUGAACGAGUGUUUGUGGCCCUGUAUGCCAUCAGUGCAGUCUAUUUUGCCGGUGUGAUGGUGCGUCUGAUGCUGACACUGACUCCGGUGGUGUGCAUGCUGUCUGCAGUGGCUUUCUCCAGUGUCUUUGAGCAUUACAUGGGAGAUGACACAAAGAGGGAGAAACCCCCCGCUGAAGACAGCAGUGAUGAGGACGACAAGAGGAAUUCUGGGAAUCUUUAUGACAAGGCUGGCAAGGUGCGUAAACAUGUGUCAGAGCAGGAGAAGGCGGAGGAGGGUUUGGGUCCAAACAUCAAGUCCAUCGUCACCAUGCUCAUGUUGAUGCUGCUGAUGAUGUUCGCUGUCCACUGCACCUGGGUCACCAGCAACGCAUACUCCAGUCCCAGCGUGGUGCUCGCCUCGUACAACCACGACGGGACGCGCAAUAUCCUGGAUGACUUCAGGGAGGCCUACUACUGGUUGAGACAGAACACAGACGAGCAUGCACGCGUCAUGUCAUGGUGGGACUACGGCUACCAAAUAGCCGGCAUGGCCAACAGGACCACACUAGUAGAUAAUAACACAUGGAACAACAGUCAUAUAGCACUGGUGGGGAAAGCCAUGUCGUCCAACGAGAGCGCAGCCUACAAAAUCAUGAGGUCACUGGACGUGGACUACGUGCUGAUUAUCUUUGGAGGUGUGAUCGGCUACUCUGGAGACGAUAUAAACAAGUUCCUUUGGAUGGUGAGGAUAGCGGAGGGAGAGCACCCCAAGGACAUCAGGGAGAGUGACUACUUCACCCCUCAGGGAGAGUUCAGAGUGGACAAGGCCGGUUCACCAACUCUGCUCAACUGCCUCAUGUACAAGAUGUCCUAUUAUCGAUUUGGUGAAAUGCAGCUGGACUUCCGGACGCCUCCUGGCUUUGACCGAACACGCAACGCCGAGAUCGGCAACAAGGAUAUCAAGUUCAAGCACCUGGAGGAGGCGUUCACCUCAGAGCACUGGCUGGUCAGGAUCUACAAGGUCAAGAACCUGGACAACAGAGAGCCGCUGGACCGCAAGAUUCGUAGUGUCGUGCCCAAGCAGAAGUACACUUCCAAAAAGACUGCCAAGAGGAAGCGAGGACACAUCAAGAACAAGCUUGUCCUUAGGAAAGGCAAGAAACUACAAAAAAAAUAAUGAUGAUGAACUCUUCUAGGAAAACAAACAAACAAAUGCGAAGAAACCUCGGAACAACCAAUGAAGAAGAACACAGGGGCCGUAUAUCUGGGACUUGGUCUCAAGCGCUUCUCAUUAGAGCGCCCCCGUGUGUUUAGGAAGUUGAAGUGUCAUAUCGGGUUGGCUCCAGAACUGUUGUCCUGUUUUAUCCUGAGGACCGUUUGUCUUGCUUAUUUUCUCCUGUUUUUGUUUUUCUGUUGUUUUUUUUUACUUUGUACUUGAAUGUGUGGCAAGGCGUAGGGCUGCUCUACUUGGUUCGGUGUUGAUUAAUUUUUUUGUGGUACAUUUAAUUAACUGCUUAUCAGUACAGGGAUCGGGGUUCAGAGGAGGUGGAGGGGAAACGAGAGAAGACUAGGAACAUUUGCACCAAAGACCCAUCGACCUUGCUCCAUGGCACAUGUGAACUCAUUACUGAGAGCGAGGAAGCGCAGAAGUGAAAGCUGAGGACUUGUUCCUGACACGUGUACAGAGGACAGUAUGCGGUAUGGAGGAACGUCACCGUCUAGGCACAGCCCAUCUGUAAUAUUAACCUUUAUAUCAUCAUCAUCUCCUUUAUGUCUGCCUGACUCGACUCCCCGACCUUCUUUUUCAACAAAUUCUUUAAAAAAAAAAAAAAAUUGGCCUAAUAUGUAAAUAUGUUAUGUAAAGAAAAUGUCUAAAAGGAUGAUAAUAUAUUGGAUUAUUGUGGUGAUUUUUAAAUAUGCAGUUCCUGUUUUUUUCUUAAUUUCUUUGUGAUUGUUUUGUAAUUUUUUUUUGUAUGACAGCAAAUAGAACAGUGACUGCAAUAAUUCUUGUACAGAGGGGCUUAAGGUUUUGUUGAAAGAAUGAAUGUGAAUUUUUACAAUGUUCCCCCUGGCCCUCCUUUUUCAUAAAUUGCAUAGAUCGUGCAUUUCUGCUGCUAGGGUUUUAAAGACGGAAGCAAGCAAGCGUGUGUGUAAAAAGUAGUGAUAAUAAAUUAGGCCUCCCUUCCUGCAGAGGGAGCUCUCUAGUUCAGUGUGCAAAGCCUAGUGCCUCAUCGCUGGUCAUCAUCGCCUCGUGACAUUUGUGACUGUCUACUUUGUUAGCGUUUUUUAGCUCAUCGUGUCUCAAUGCAGCGGGUUGGGUUCUUCGACCAGACUGAGGCAUUGGAAACUGGACAUUUUCAAGAUGUCUGGAAAUAGACUUGUGAACUGUGAAGGGGGGUGGUUAGGACACAGGCACUGAAACUGGAAAAGACAAGUGAGGUCAGGAAAGGAUGGACUAACGGCCAUCUUCAGGAUACUUUAGAGCUGUUUCCUAAUUCCAUACUGCAUACAAGUCUAAAAGGUAUUGAGUAUGUAACUGCCGUUCUCAAAUAUGUCCAUAAGCAUUAGGACUGCAACUAGGUGUUAUUAAUCAAUGAGUUAUUUUGUCUGACCAAAAGUCCAAAACCCCAAAAUAUUCGUUUUUAUAAUGAUACUUAAAAAGAGAAAAGCAGCAAAUCAUCACAUGAGCAAAUGGUAUUUUUUCUUAAAAAAUCACCAUCAAUUAUCAAAAUACUAUUGCUUAAUUGUCUAAUUGUUUCACCUCACACCUGUAAUUUGUUCACAUUGUAGAAUUAACAGCUAUUCUAAAUGUCAUUAUUUUCAUAAUUUUAUCUGCUGAUUUGUUUUCUCAAUUAGUAGUUUUGUCUAUAAAAUGUUGGAAAUUAAGUUAAAAUGUCACUUAGAUUCCCAGAGCCGACGAUGAUGUCGUUUUGUCUCACCAACCGUCCAAAAACCAGAAAUAUUCAAUUCACACUGAUUAUAAAACAGAGAAAAACCGCAAAUCCUCAGACUGAAGAAGCUGUCCCAAGCAAAUGUUUGGCAUUUUUGCUUGAAAAAUGACUGACACAAUAAAUAGAUUGUUAUCGAUGAAUCGAUUCAUUAUUUACUUCAUUUAUUGUUUGGGGAAAUAUGCCCAGUCAGUUUGUGUGAUAUUUUAUGGACCAGAGUCCAAGCUGACAUAUUAGCUGAUAUUUAGUUUAAUAUAGAAGACAAAGGAAACAAGCAAAUAUUCACGUUCUUGCUUAAAAAAAAAAAUCUUAUACAAUUAGUUAAACAUUAAAAUAGUUGAUUAAUUUCUGUCAAUUGACUUACUGAUGCCUGAUUGUUUCAGCUCUAGUAUACAGUAUACAGUUGGGACACAGCUCUAAUGAGCCGUAAACGUUGACUUGUAUUGUGGGCACUGCACUGUUCUUUGUGUGUCUGGGUUCUUCAGAUGCCAAGUCCAAACACUAAGAGUUUCUGUAUGUGCACGCUUCAGUAACUCUUUUCAUUUUUUUAUCAAAUAAGUGACACAUCAAAAGACUAACACAUCAUACAGCUGUACUUGUUUUGUCACAUCUCACAGAAAGUGACUUUUAUUAGUUUCACCUGUUUAUUUUUUUCUUUCUAAAAAAUUGUCUGAAUCGCUUUGUUCUUUGAUCUUGUUUGAAACUGAGUGUCACCAUUUCAGGCUUCAGACCUUCGACACAAUGCCACAUUGUUAAUCAGUCACACAGAGCCUAAAACUGUGUCAUGUCCUUUGAUUUCUAAUUUGUCAAGAGAGAGUUCAUAAUAAGCCUUAAUGUGAUGUGCAGUGUGUUGCCCUCUUUGUUUUAAUUUUUCUUACAUUUUGUGUCACUUAGGAGCGGCAGAACGGUUCCUUUCUCUUCUAAGUUUACUCAUUUUUUAGUAGCUCAGUGCCGCCUGUCCCCAAAACCAUUUUUGUUUUAAUGAAAUCCCUCCCUCACCUUUCAAAGUUUACAUUUUUACAUUGUUGUUCUGUUUAGCCAUCUUUAAAUAUACACUUUAAUGAAAA